AUGUGUAAACAGAUAGGCGCUAUUUUAAUAAUACUUUUAUUUUCCUCACUCUGUAAUGGUGAGGAAUAUAACAGAGUGAGGAAUUGCCACGCCUUUUGGUUUAUCGAUGGUGAAAGUGUUAUUGUAGCAUGUAACUUUGACAGCAAAAUCCGAAAAUCAGAGCAGGGGUGGAACAUAACAUUGUGUUCUAGAGGAGAGGACGGUAGAAUGUACCUUUUGCCUACGCAAUGGACGUUAGAAGACUGGAAGCGUCACCUCUCAGACCCCGGGGCCAAGUUUGUAAAUGACACCUUUCGUGGUCGCGGUUACAACCCAUGCUGCCGGGUGAGCAGGCGGCGAACCAUAAUCGUUGAACCAAUAAACGAUUGUGCGCCUGCGCAUUUCGCGGCAACCCCGCGUACAGAAGCUACUGGUCCAAUGCGGGUGUGGCGUUUAAGAAAUCAGAAUCACUGCAUCAUAGCCUUGAACCAUGUUUACUCGCCACCUCAAGGUGUAAGCGUAGGCACUCAAAUUGUUUCCACCAUUUUUGCGGCUCUUGCAGGAAGUGCUAUGGAAAGCACAUGCAAACGAAUAGGAGGGAACUGCAGCAAAGAAAGCACUCAGAUAAAGUCCGUCAUUAUGGAAUCCCAAAUGCCAAACACUAGUGAAAAUGUGCCUUUUGCCAGGUAUGAUGCAACUGAAGAGGAUGAAGAUUUAAAUCAAUGCGAAGAAAAGAAUCGUGUAAAAGAGUUUGGAUAUCAAAAAGAAAAACGAAAGAAGGAAGAGGUAAUUGUGGAGACUAAAGUUUCAAAGGUUAAAGGUGAAAAGAGUAAAUCCAAAAUAUGCAGGCGUAAAGGUGAAAACAGCGAUGAGGCCGAUGAUGAGGAUUAUGAGUGCCGAGAGGGAGUAACUAAUAAAAGAGCGUUAUAUAACCUUUUGAUAAUUGUUAUUUUUCUUUUCUUCUAA